AUGCAACCAUCUUUCUCAACACCAUCCCCAUCACAAUUUCAAGUGCAACAGCAACAGCAGCAACAACAGCAACCACCACUACAACAACAACAGCAACAGCAACAGCAACCACCUGUGCCACCACAGAUGAGUAUAUCUCCAACACCAUCACAGCAACUGCAACAGCAAUACCACCACAACAAUAACAACAACAACCACUAUAGCCAAUCACACGACCACUACCAUAGCCACGAUGAAGAACAUCACCCCCGAGCAGAAGAAGCAGGAGAAGAAGAAGAAGUAGGUCUUCCCUCGCCAUCUUUAUCACCAGACUCGAAAAGAUGGAAACCAAGGAAAAAGAGACAAUGUCCAGAAUGCCACCUUUACUUUUCAAAUCUCGCCACCCACAAAUCAACACACUUGAAACCAACCAAUCGUCCACACAUUUGUGAAUUUUGCCAGCGCGGCUUUGCCAGACCCAACGACUUGUUCCGUCACACCAAAUGCCACUGGAAAGAAAUGGGGUCAGACAAGGGCCAAUUCAAAUGCCCAUUCAAGACCAUGGGCAUAGACGCAGACUCACCCAACCAGCAAUGUUGUCACAAUACUGGUAUAUUUUCCAGAUGUGAUACAUUUAAGAACCAUUUGAAAGCUAUACACUUUCAAUACCCCAAUGGCACAAAGAAGGAGCAGAGAGCAAAGGUUCACGGUAAAUGCCGAUUAUGCCAAAUGGAGUUUGCAAAUGUCGAUGACUGGAUGAAGAACCACAUUGACACUAAAUCAUGCACCAUGAUGAACCAUUAA